AUGCUUUUUCGCAAAUCCGGACGGCCUCUAGGAGAUCGCCAGCUGGACGGGUUUGUGCCACCUGUCUUCGUCGGCUUGUCAUUUGCCCAGUCGCUAGUCCUUUCACAUCUCUUUUUGCCCGCUCUGUCCUUGCGUUUAUCCAUGCGUCUGUGCAUGUGUGUUGUGUGGGAUGACGGAAGAGGCGAGUGGGGAGGGGGUGGAAAGGAGUCUAUGAAGUUGCACAUCUCGCGAGUGAACGACGACUUCUGCGACUGCCCUGACGGCACGGAUGAGCCCGGCACCUCCGCCUGCCCCAACGCCUCCUUCUUUUGUCGCAACCGCGGCCACAACCCCCUCUCGCUCUUCUCCUCGCGAGUCAACGAUGGGAUUUGCGAUUGCUGCGACGGCAGUGACGAGUACGACGGCAGGGUCACCUGCGCCAACACGUGCGCCCAGGCGGGGGCGGCGAGGCGGCAGCAGCUGGCUGCUGACGUGGCGAAGCACAGGGAGGGCGUGAGGCAGCGGCAGCGGGCGGUGGAGGAGUGGCGGGAGAAGAAGGUGCGGCUGCAGGAGGAGAGGGGGCGUCUGGAGGACGAGGAGAAGGAGCUGCAGGAGAAGGAGAAGGUUCUUAAAGCUCCUGCCUCCUCGCCCCCAUCCCUGUGGGACAAGGCGAAGCAGGUGUGGUCGCGUGUCUCCUCCCUCGUCUCUAGUCCCCCACUCAAACUUCACCCCUCGUCUUUUCCCCCACCCUGCUCCUGCUCCCCCCCAUCAGCGCCUGCCUCCUCCUCGCCCCCGUCCCUGUGGGACAAGGCGAAGCAGGUGUGGUCGCGUGUCUCCUCCCUCGUCUCUGCCAAACCCUCUCUGCCAGUGAACGAAACGGACCUGCUUACAAUCCGCUCAGAGUACAACGUUAUCUCAUCCCAGCUCAGCAAGACGAAGGGGCGGCUGCGCACGGUCAAAGAAAAGCUUGAGAAGGACCUUGGUCCUGACGGCGAGUUUGCUUCAUUCGCCGACCACUGCUUCUCCUUCAAAGUCAACCAGUACGAGUACGAGGUGUGCCCAUACCGGCAGGUGAAGCAGAAGGAGAAGCAUCAAUCCGAUACCACUGUGGGCCGCUGGUCAGGAUUCGAAGACAACUAUCGCACGAUGAUGUUCAAGAACGGGGACAAGUGCUGGAACGGCCCCAACCGGAGCAUCAAGGUGAAGCUGGAGUGUGGACUCAAAACAGGGAUAAAAUCAGUGGAGGAGCCCAGUCGUUGCGAAUACGAAGCGGUGCUCGUGACGACUGCAGUGUGCAACGCAGAGCUGGCACAGGAGCUGGAGAGGCAGCUGAAAGAGAUGGAGGAUGAUUUGGCGGGUCACGACGAGCUGUAA